AUGUGUGGCGUAGAUGGCACAGUUACUGCAUCUUAUAAUACUGACUUGUUUGGUUCCUUUGGUGAUGGUUUCAAUGAUGAUUUCAAUUCUUUUGGUAAUAAUGAUAAUGGUUCUUCAGGUUACUUUUUCAAUGAUAUUUCUGAAGAUAAUAAAUGUAUUGAUUUUGAGUUCUUAAGUGAAGAAGAUGGAUGGGAUGAUCCAGAAAAUAUGGAAGAUGAAAGUAAACUCUAUCAAAAAUUAAAAGGACUUUAUAUAGUAUGGAAAAUUGAUAAUGGAUUAGAAAAAACAAAGCGAGGAUCAUAUAAGAUAGGCAAGACACCAAAAUCAACCUAUUAUGAUAAAUAUGGACUAAAUGGCUUAUUUACUAAAGCAGCAAACAAUACUAAAAAAAUCACAAGUUUUUUAUGA